AUGAAUUCGUUUUCUAAAGGUAUUUAGGUGUAAAUAUUCAUAUUUCUCUAUAUACUUUUGUCCAUUACUGUAUGUUGUACUUUUUGGUCAAAUCACGCUUCAUAAGUUUGCACCACUUCUUCCUGAUAUCUUCAUGCGAGGUAUUUUGCAGAUUGCUGACGACGAUCCGAUGUCCUUCCGGAACAAUUACCACUUUCUUCUGUACUCCACCACUGCCGGAGAAAAUCCCGUGUGAAUCGCCGGCACUCAUAGCUGGAGCCCCAUCCAAGCGAGAUCGCACAUUGGAGGAACGUGAGGGCACCACAGACACGGCUGAUGAAGUCACCAUAGGCAUUUCUUCAUCGUCGAUCACAAUAUGAGCGGGCUCCUCAAGGUCGAUGUAGUGCCUAGGCGCAACGGAUCGAUGGACUGCAGGUGCUGUAUGUACCACUGGGCCAGUCAGGCGGAGAGAACGGUUGCUGAAAUAAAAAAAAUUAUGUUAUAGAUCAAUAUCCCAUUUCUAGGCACAGAUCGUCC